AUAUUUUAUACGGAUCCUAAAUUCGUUUUUACCAUUUUCGCAAAAAUGUCUGUUUGUGUGUGGGUGUGUCUGUAUUAACGAUAACUCAAAAACGGAUAAAGAAAAAUACAAAACAUUUUAUACUUAGACUUUAAUCGAUCCUGCGUAACGGUGCGCGAAGAGAUAGGUACAGGGUUUAGUUACGUAACUAUAUCGAUCUGUACCAGUGGAUAAUGUGGGCUAUCACUUUACUUUUAAUAACAUCGUUUGUUCACUUUAGUGAGCCAUUUGUUUGUCCGGAAUGUGAUUUGAGUGCAUGCACACCAAAAACUUGUGAUGAAGGAGAAGAACUUAGACCUGGUUUCUGUAACUGUUGCUUAGAUUGUAUUAAGAUUUUAAAAAAAGGCGAACAAUGCGGCAGUUUUUCAUUCUUACUUCCAGCUUUGGGCUCUACGAAUGUUUGCGAUGACAAUUUAAUGUGCCACGAGGGAGUAUGUAAAUCUUUGGAAGAAGUUCUUAAAAAUAUUGUUAAAAUUGGAGAAGCUGAAUCCAAGAACGGGGACUAAUUCGAACAGAAUAAUAUAAUACUAGUUUAUUAUAAAAUCAAAUUUUAUUUUUGUAUUUUUAGUUUUCUUAUUAGGAAUUGUUUAUCGUCAUCAUCAUCAUCAUCAUCUUGGCCACAUAUAAAAGCAUUCAUAAAUAAUA